AUGUCUUUCAAAAAAGUCGUCUUCUGCGCUUCAGUUCUUGUUAUUCAGCAUUUCCAGACCAUAACAGCUCAAUGCAUCAACAACCAAGCUUCCGCAAACGGCCUCAUAGCGAAUAACAUUGGCUUAGGCUACGGCGCCAACCAAAACUUGGGCUACUCCGCCAAUCAAAACUUAGGCUAUGCCGCCAACCAAGCCACAAGUAAUGGCGGCGCGUUUGUCGUCACCAGCCAAUCACCAAUCGCACCUACAGGCUUGUCCGUGUUGGCUGAGAACUUGGCCAUAGAAGGUGUCUUGGCUGUCGAUGGCCAAUUACCCCUACUUGGAACUGUUGCUGUGGAAGGCGCAAUACCGACUGGCGGCCAAGCCGGGACGAGCUAUUCCUGCGGGAAUGGCAAUGUUGGCAUCACUAACGAGAUUGGCGGAUCUGUCCUUGGCAAUAAUUUAGGCGCAGGCUCGCCCAAUAUUGGCGCCAAUGUUGGCCCGAAGAUAGGCUCAGGGAUCGACGAACUUAGCCCAGGUCAGUUCGUGCUACCCCAGUUCGUAGAACGCUUCUCGCUGCCGGCCAUGGUUAGGGCCAUGAUCGACAGCGAGCAGGCCUGGAGAGCGGUCGCCACCUUCGCGGACAUAGUCAUGUCUGCGAAGGAAGUGGUGGAGAGGGAACGGGAAGACUCUGUCGACUCGCUCCCGAUUCGCCGCAGGCGACCGGGAAGGCGGCGACAGGCGCACUUGGUCGCGAUCGACCGAGCGCCGCCUUGA